AAAUAAAAAAUCCCUUUUUCCUCUGCAACCAAAUCUCCUAAAUCUUCGCAGGCUACAAUGGCGAUCUCCAAAACCCUAACCCUUAUCGCCAUUCUCCUAGUCCUCGUACCCAUCAACCACUCCUUUUCCUCUUCCUCCGAUGAGGACCUUCUCCCGGAGCUAAUCAAUCUCCGAUCUCAAUCUCCCACCGGAGUUAUCCAUCUCUCCGAUCAUCUUCUCCGUCGAAUCCUCUCGGCUAAAUCCCCACGACCCUUUUCAUUUCUCAUCUUCUUUGACGCUAAACAACUCCAUUCAAAACCCGAACUUUCACUACCUACUCUAAAAAAUGAGUUCUCCCUUUUAUCCUCCUCCUUCCUCGCUAAUAACCCAGGAAACAACAAGCUCUUCUAUUUUACUAUCGAAUUUGGUGACUCACAAGCUUCAUUUGCGCUAUUUGGGGUUAAUUCAUUACCCCAUUUACGUUUAGUCCCACCUUCAGCUACUGAUAUGAAAAAAGAUUCGAUUCAAAUGGAUGGGUCUGAUCUCGCCAGGCUUGCUGAAUCAAUGGCUGAAUUUGUUGAAGCGAAGACUAAGCUUACUGUAGGUCCUAUUCAUCGACCACCGAUGAUUUCGAAGAAGCAGAUGGCCGUUAUUAUUGCUGCAGGAUUGGUUUUGAGUCCUUUUUUGGUGAAAAGGGUGCUUUCUGGAGGUACCCUUUUGCACGAUAAACAUGUAUGGAUGGCGGGAUCAAUAUUCGUUUACUUUUUCAGUGUUUCAGGUGCAAUGCAUAAUAUAAUUAGGAAAAUGCCUAUGUUUAUGAUGGAUAGAGAGGAUCCAGGGAAGUUGGUUUUCUUUUAUCAAGGAUCAGGGAUGCAAUUGGGAGCUGAAGGAUUCGCGGUUGGGUUUUUGUACACGAUUGUUGGAUUGUUGUUGGCUUUUAUGACUAAUGUUCUCGUUCGUCUAAAGAGUAGGACUGUGCAGAGGGUGGUGAUGCUUUUUGCGUUGUUCGUUUCGUUCUGGGCUGUUAAGAAGGUGAUUCAGCUCGACAACUGGAAGACUGGGUACGGUAUUCAUGCUUAUUGGCCUUCAAGUUGGAAGUGAUAGCAAUGUAGUAUUACUGGCUGAAUGAUAUGGCUUCUAUCAUUAGGUAAGAGAUGUGUAACAGCUUAUACUACUUGUCAGCUAGCUUAAUUUCGAACCUAAGUAGUUGACGGAAAAGUUUUAGCUUUUUUCGAGAUGGAUAGGUUCUGUGAUUUAUAUGGAGCACGUAUGUUUUGAUUGAAGCUUUGAAAAGGGAUUAUGUACAAAUUGCACUUAACAAUUUGCACGUAUUUUGUAUCA